AUGAGCUGAACAAACAUACAGUGCACUGUGUCCUGGCAGAUACGAGGAUAACAAAACACAUGUUUUUAGUCAUGAUAGAUUAUAUGUUGUAACACAGGAACAUGGAGAAGAAGAAAAUGACACCCAUAAGUGAAUUUUUGGAUGAGUUACUAGAUACAUGUGGGGGUUUCGGGCGUUUUCAGUUUUUUAUUAUGUUCGUAGUUCUAGGAGGCAUGUCGUCGGUGACCUUCAGUAUGAUGAUGAUGACUUUUGCCGGGGCCACUCCAGAUUGGAAUUGUGUUAGAGACGACAGUUUUGUGCGGCAUGAUAUAACUCCAGCAACAACUGUUAGUAACGAAAGCUUACAUGUUAAUGGUACGAGCAUGGUAAAGCAGUGUUUUCCUGCCUGGGAUAAUGAAACAACUACAGCAUGUGAAGCGUUCACGUUUAACACCAGCAUGAACACGGUAGUCAAUCAGUGGGAUUUGGUGUGUGACGAAGCAUGGAUACCUUCUACCAUCACCACCAUUCAAAUGUCAGGCGUGCUUUUAGGGGGACUAUUUACUGGGCAUUUGGCCGACAAGAUUGGACGUAAACCGACCCACUUUCUUUCUAUGCUGACGUUACUCGUGUUCAAUGUGUUGUGCGGAUUUUCAGUAUCAUGGGAAAUGUUUGCGACGUGUCGACUUUUCAUUGGACUAGGAAUUGGCGCCUUUCUAACAGUCUACUACCCCUACGUACUUGAAUUCAUUCCUAACGAACGUCGUGUUGUUUUGCCUGCCUUUCCAAUGUGGGGUAUAUGGUCCGCCUUAUUCGCACUCGUCGCCUGGGGACUUCCUGACUGGAGAUAUCUCCAUUUUGUCUCAGCUGCUUGUGCAGCACCCUGGCUGUUAACUUGGAGGUUAAUGCCGGAGAGUUUUCGCUGGCUUAUUUCUAACAACAAACAGGAGGCAGCAUUUGACGUUAUACAGAGAGUGGCAAAGUUCAAUGGCAGCCCAAUUCGAGAUAUCAAAGCACUCAAAAUCAGGAUGGAUACAGACGUCGACGAGCCCAGUACGAACAAGGUUUACACCAUACGGGACAUGUUUUCAACAGCUAAGCUAGCCAAAAUGACCUUUUUACAUAUAGUUUCAUGGUUAGCCUGUGGUUAUGGCUAUUAUGGGAUAUCCUUUGGAGUCAAGGGUUUAACAGGGAACCUCUUCCUCAACAUGGCCCUUCUUAGUAUUGCGGAGAUUCCAGCGAUUGUAACUUUAUAUUUCUUUACAAACCGACUUGGGAGAAAGUGGACCUCGUUGUUAUUUUGUGGUAUAGGGAUAUUUGCCGCAGUCACCGUGGCCUUCAUAGAAGCGACAGAUUUACAAAACAAAGUGUACCGUACUGUUUUUGUGCUUAUUUCGAAAAUCGGAGUAUCUCUGGCAUGGCUCGGCAUCAAGUUAUUAGCUACAGAGCUGUUUCCAACCGUCAUCAGAUCGGUUAGCAGUGGUUUGUUUAACAGCAUGGCGAGGGUGGGCUCUCUAAUUGCUCCACAAAUGGUGUACCUGAAUGACGACAUUCCUGGUAUCCUGUAUUUUAUAUGCAGUGGUGGACUUAUAUUAGCCUUCAUUUGCAUUUGUUUUAUGCCAGAGACAAAUAAUAGGAUGCUACCUGAUACACUACACGAAUUUGGUUCCAAUAAGUUAAAACCAAAAAAAUAUCAUCCAUAUAAACUCUUUGAUAUGACUACAACGACCAAAAAAGAAAAAGGCAACAUUAUUUUCGUCACGCAUAUGUAAUUUUUUGAUUGUGCACACUUUGUUAUACAUAAUGUUACUAUAUAUUACUUGUUAAAGUAACA